AUGGCUGAAUCAAUCACUACCUUGAAGCAACAACUCAUCGACGAAUUUAUUCAGGCCAAUCCCAAAUCUAAAGCAGCUUUUGAUCGUGCUCGCAAUGCUCUGCCAGCUGGAAAUACCCGAUCUGUUCUCUGGUCGGAGCCCUUUCCUCUCACCCUCCAGUCGGGCAACGGCGCACACGUUACCUCGGUAGAUGGGCAGGAAUAUCUAGAUUUUGUAUCCGAUUUCACGGCGGGGCUCUAUGGGCACUCGCAUCCGGUCAUUAAGCAGGCUGUGAAGGAUGCUCUUGCCACUGGAUUCAGUUUGGGUGGCGUCGUCGAGAAGGAGGCCCAACUGGGAGAGAUCUUGCAGACUCGGUUCAAGAGUAUUGAACGGGUUCGUUUCUGCAACUCCGGGACCGAGGCCAAUACAUUUGCCCUAGCUACCGCGAAGGCCUUUACUGGCCGAAACAAAAUCUUGGUCUUCGACAGUGGUUAUCAUGGAGGAACUAUCAGUUUCCAUGGCACAACGCCCAACCCGAUGAAUCUACCGCACGAAUUUGUCGUCGGUGCCUUUAAUGACAUUGAGCGAACACAGUCCUUGGUUGACAAUAGUUUGGCGGCCAUCCUGAUCGAGCCAAUGCAAAUGGCAGGAGGCGUCCGACCGGCUUCAAUCGAGUUUCUACGGUUCCUACGUGAGUCCGCCACCAAAGUCGGCGCGGUUCUUAUCUUUGACGAAGUGGUGACCUCUCGCCUGCACUACCACGGCCUGCAGGGCGCCCGGGAAGUCUAUCCUGAUAUGACGACGCUGGGCAAGUACCUCGGCGGUGGAUUCCCCUUUGGUGCCUUUGGCGGACGCGCCGACAUCAUGGAGCAGUUUAACCCAAUCGCUCAUGGCAGAAGUGUAUUGCAUCAUAGCGGUACCUUCAACAACAAUAUCUUUACCAUGACGGCAGCCGUAGCGGCGGCUGAGCUGGUGACAAAGCAGUCACUAGCGGAGCUCAACAAACUGGGCGACGAUCUGCGCGCGACAGGCAACAGUAUUGUGCAGCAAGCGGGGCUCAAGGAUAUUGUCUUCGUAGGCUACGGGAGUACAGUGGGCAUGGGCUUCCUGGGCGAUCGUGGUCAAGUCCUCCGUGAGGUGUUCUACUUCACACUCGUAAAGCAAGGAAUUCUGAUGGGACGACGAGGAUUCCUGUGUUUGAAUCUGGCACAUACAAAGGAGCACAUUGACCGGUUUUUGGAUGUAGUGAAGGUAUUUGCCGAGCAGCAUAGGGCAGACGUAUAG